UCCUUUUGUCCCGCCCACGUUUGAAUGUUUUGGUUUGAAUGGAACCAACCAUGAGUGGAGGAGGAUUGUCUUGCAGCUGCAGGAGAGUGGGUUUCAGAUGUUUAAAUGUAUCGCUAGAAUUUCCAGGAAAAAGUCUGAAUUAAAUGCAAUAUCACGUCAUAUUUUACAUAUGUUCGUUUAACGCUCGAGGGUCGAAGUAUUGUUGUGCAUGAAACUCUGUUUAACAUUGGGUAGGGCAGUAACGUUAAGCGACAAGUUUUCUUUUUCGCGUUCGCUUAGAAGUUUCUGGCAACGACCUAACGUUACGUGUUAGCUAUUCUAGCUAUGCUAUGAUGAACAGUUUUGCCAAUUGAAUACAUUCGCUGACUGUCGCAAAAACUCGAUCACACUUGAGCCAUUAAUGCAUAAAAAAUGAAGAGGACUAGAAGUUCCGACGAAAAGAAUUCUAUAGAAGUUUGUCAGCUUUGUAGACGAAGUGAUGAUUGUCCUGAAAAAUAUGGAAAAAAAAUUACUGUUCCGGAGCACCAACUCACCAUCCACUAUUUCUGCCUGUUGAUGUCCAGUGGCAUUUAUCAGCGCGGAGAAGAAGAUGAAGGAAUUCAUGGGUUUUUAGUGGAUGACAUCCUCAAGGAAGUGAACAGAGCUUCCCGGCUGGCAUGCAACGGUUGCAAGCAGAAGGGUGCAUCUAUAGGAUGUUCUGUAAAAUCCUGCCGAAAGAUGGCCCAUUUCCCAUGUGGGAUACAACUAGAAUUCGUUUAUCAGUUUAAAGAUCUAUUCCCGUCAUUUUGUUGGCAUCACCGGCCCACACAGACGUGUGCCGUGCCUCCCUCUGGGCCGCUGUCUUGCUCUGUAUGCCUGGAGGACAUCGAGCCUGUCCUGUCCUACUCAGUACUCAAGUGCCCUGCCUGUCACGGAAGCUGGUUUCACAGACACUGCGUGCAGCUCCAGGCUCACAAUGCAGCACAGUUCUUCUUCAGGUGCACCAUCUGUAACAACCAGGAAGAGUUCCAGGAAGAAAUGCUUCGAAUGGGAAUCCACAUACCAGAGAGAGAUGCAUCUUGGGAGAUGGAGGAUAAUGCAUAUGCGGAGCUGCUUCAGGUGUACCAACACUGUGAUGCCUUCACCUGUCAGAGCAGCUUGGGCAGAGACUUUAGUGCACAGUCAGGGAAGUUUGAAAUUGUCCGUUGUAGCUUUUGUGGCUCCAAUGGAACACACCGAAAAUGCUCCUCUCUCAAAGCCAAUCAGAAUAACUGGGUUUGUACUGACUGCAAGUCCGUUGUUGAUGGAUCAGGUACUCUUCCUCGGCACGUACAGUCACCUGUGUCAGAACGCCACGAGAAGAGGAAACGGCUAACCACUGUAAACUCUUCCCUUCUGUCCAAAAGGCGCUUGUUACACUCGAGCCCACGGGGCAUCCUGCAGGAGCUGAGCAACCAGAUCAGUGGCACGCAGCCUGGCGGCGAGCUGCAGGUGCGCGAGGGUCAGGUGCUGGAGGCAGCGUUGGGCCUCCUGCGGCGCUCCGACUUCAGCCCUGAGCGUGGCCUCGUCGUCCGAUUCACCGGCGACCACCAGCACAACGGUGCCAGCGAGCUGCGCCGCUUCUUCCGGCUCCUGCUGCGGCGGUUGCAAACCUCGACACUCUUCAAGGGCCCAGAGAGUGACAAGAACCUGGCCCUCGACGCACAAGCUGUGCGACAGGACCGAUACUAUGAGAUGGGCUGCCUGAUGGCCCUGAGCAUGCUCCAUGGCGGCCCUCCCCCGAGCUUCUUCUCCAAAGCCCUGUACUUCUCGCUCUUCCACUUCCCCAAGGACUUCCAGUUCAGUCUCAGUGACCUCAAUGAGACUGGGCUAGUUGACAAAAUGAAGAAGAUAAAGGAAAGUAAAACAGUGGAGCGCUUGCGGGAGGCCAUGGAGCCUUUGUCCGAGUAUCUGGAGGUGUCUGGCUGCAGGAGGGAGGUGGCGGGUGCAUAUGAGAAGUACUCCCUGCUGGACGACAUGCUCAACUUCCACAUGAUGGUCAGGAUGCAGUUGCCUUUACAGAGAUUCCGUGAGGGUCUGAGAACACUGGGUGUCUAUGAGCAGAUCCAGAUGGCUCCCGAGGCUUUCUACCAGCUGUUCUGCUACCCUCCAGAGAAGUUGUGUGCCGAUUCCAUGGUGGCCAUGUUCUCCCCCCAGUACUCCGAGCGUGUGGACUACCUAGCUAGGGAGACUGUUACCACCAAACACUGGCAACAGUUCCUCCAGGAGUGUGAAGAGGGCAGAUGUGCCAGCUCCCUGGAGGACGUCCUGGUGUUCGCCACCUCCUCGGACACUGUGCCCGCCAUGGGCUUCAUGCCGCCUCCCACUGUCUCUUUUCUGCCGGUGGCCGACCCGUCCUACGCAUUCCCCCAGCGUCAGCCCGACGCCAAUCGCCUCCUGCUACCCGUCACCCCUUCCUACAGCACCUUUAAGAAGAACAUGGAGUAUGCUGUGUGCCAGGUCACAGUCAUGCAGGACUCAUAAGGGACUCCUCUCUCAUCCAUUACUCAUGCAAAAGCAUCUGGAUGAUUGUGUUGCUGUUGCUAGUUCAGACCUUUUUCAAGUUGCUGUUACUGUUACUAUGAAGUCAUUUCGAGGUAUUCUUCCCCAGAAAGUUGCUUUGGCUGCCUCUCUCAGGUCGUCGGGUUAUGCGCAGUCCUGGACAGUCCGUAGAACUAUGUAGCUGUGUACAGAAUUGUAUCUGUUGCGUUUCAUUCGACUCAAUUCCGUCAAUGGUGUGUUUUAUACCCAUCUUCUGUUUCUCUGUCUCUGUUUCUCGCUUGUAUUACGGCUCAGAGCAUAAAAGCUGUAUAUUUCACAGUAGUAAAAUGUAGAAAAUGUAAA